AUGCCUCUGUCCAGUCUUUAUUUCAACCUCAAGGGUUGGCCCUACUUCUUGGCACUGAUGAUCAUAUUGGCCCUACUGCUAGCCAACGCCCUUCGCUUGGAAGCGGGCCAGGGAUACUUCACCCUGCGAUGUGGUGAUAUAUUCGGUGACCAUGUGCUGAGAGCCAUCCUCGCGCAGUCCUUCGUCCUGCCGAAUGGGCUAGGCUUCAGUAGAACUCUGCUUUAUAGCCUGCUGAUGAUGGCAGGCCUGAUAGUCAGCACCUUCUAUGGUGCCAAUCUAGCAACAUUACUCGUUCAUCCGCCAGCUGCUUACAAGAUACUCAGCUAUGAUGACCUGAGGAGAGCCCACGGAAAGAUCUUAAUCAUGCAUCAGGAACUGGCCUUUUUGAAUGCUUCUAUUGGUGUGGAAGUUUUGGAAAAGAACCUGGACCUUUUCAAGAUAACGCCCUCGGUCAUUAAAAUGCAGCGACCGCUGUUCCGCAAGUCAAAGGAGAUAAGCUUCAAGGAAUUUAUACCUGUUACAAUGCCAAUGGCCAGAAAUUCUAUAUAUCGCGAUGUGCUUAAUAGGUAUUUGAGCUAUACGAUGGCAAGUGGUCUAUACGAUCUGUGGUUCAGAAGAUCCUAUCACGAACUGAUAGCCGUGGGAAAACUCAACUACAGCGCGGAUCUUGCAGAGCCACCCUACCACGAUCUUAUUUGGGAGGAUCUGUACUACGUUUGGAUUGCCUAUAUGGGAGGAACUCUAUUCAGUCUGCUAGUCCUGCCCUUUGAGAUAGUUUACUUCAAGUGGCAUCGAUAA